UAACGUAGUGUCAACGUUCAAAAUUUGUGUAUGUUCCGUAAUGAAAUAAAAUAUAAUAUUCUUAUAGAAGUAAAGGGACAUUACAAAAAAUAAGUUAUUUUCAAUUUAAAAAGGUGUUUUGUUGUCAGGAUGUAUUUUUUGAAUAUGGUGUUGUUAUUUGUAACUUAGACUAAGGUAUGAGUCAGAGUACAGCGGACGUAAGGGACUUUGAGGAACGAUAUUCAGCAUGCUUCGUAGAUUUUGGCCUAAAAACUGCUGCCGGUCUCCUUAUAGGAAGCAUGGUGGGCAGUUUCUUCCUUCGGGGAUAUAGGAAAUGGCCAUUGUGCAUUGGAGGUGGUCUUGGCUUCGGUUUGGCUUACACUAACUGUGAAAACAGCCUCAACCAGUACUUAUUGUCCAUGGAUCCGAAGGCUUGUAAAAUAAAAAAAACUGCGUAAUAUGCUUUCUCCUGGACAUCAAAGCAUUGGUCUUGUGUAGUAUAUGUUUUUACUAUGUAACUUAAAUUAUUUUAUUGAAUAAAGUAAAUAUUGGUGUAUAUUCGUAAAUUGAAA